GCAGCAUUUAUCGGGUUUUGCUUGUUCAAAGUGUUAACGAUUAUUUUAUUCACGAAAACCAAUGAGGUGCAAAAAGAACCAUACAUGGACGAGAUUUUCCACAUCCCACAAGCCCAGUUGUAUUGUCAGGGUCAAUUUAACAAGUGGGAUCCCAUGAUAACCACAUUGCCUGGUUUGUACAUUCUAACAUCAGGACUGUAUAAUCCAAUUGCAUGGAUGUUGGAUUGGGAACCAGUAACCCUAUGCAACACAUAUUAUCUACGAGGUAUCAAUGUUCUGUUUAGCUUUGGAAAUUUGUAUCUGCUGUACAAACUAUCUGCAAAACUCCAUGACAAAGAAGCAGCAACAGGAGUUAAGGCCUUGAUUGAGAGUAUGACCCUUACCAGCUUCCCAGUGCUGUAUUUCUACAAUUUUCUUUAUUACACAGACCCAGGUGCUGUGUUUUUUGUACUGCUUAUGUACGUGUUCCAUCUGCACGACAACAACAUGGCAGCUGCAGUGAUAGGUGUCAUGUCGGUUAUCUUCAGACAGACAAACAUAGUUUGGGUGAUUUUCAUGGCGGGCUUAGUCCUUGGCAAAAUUCUAAUGUGUCAGCUGUAUGUAGAAAAGAAAGAGGCGAAUGCCGAGAAGUUAGGAGAUUGGGCAGUCUUAAAACUAACUUGGAAGGUGAUAGUGUUUCCUGCCCUUACCUCACCGAGUCAGAUGUUUUCACUGGUCUUUACACUACUGAAAGGUUUGUGGAUGUACGUCUUGGUGGGCUGCAGUUUUGCUCUGUUUAUAUAUGUGAACAAAGGAAUUGUGGUUGGGGAUAGGAGUCACCAUGAGGCUUGCUUGCACUUUCCACAAUUGUUUUAUUUUCUUUGUUGUACUACAUGUUUUGGAUUCCCGUACAUGAUAUCGGUACAUAAAGUGUUUGACUUUGUUGUGUCUACAGCUAAAAGGCCCUUGUCUAUGAUACUGUUUUCUGGAGUUGCCUGGUUUUGUGUGUAUAAAUUUACUUAUGUUCAUGAAUAUUUAUUGGCUGACAACAGACACUAUCCCUUUUAUAUAUGGUCUAAAAUAUAUCGAAGACAUGAAUUUGUAAAGUAUGCUUUGAUACCAGCUUACUACUAUGCUUUUAGAGUGUUGCUGCAAAAUUUGAAAGGAAAAGACAUUUAUUGGAAAAUUUCCUUUUUCCUGUGUCUCGUUUUUGCAACUGUUCCACAGAAAUUGUUGGAAUUGCGCUACUUUAUCCUCCCUUAUAUAAUUUUUCGUCUAAAUAUGCCCUCUCAGCCUAUGUACAAACUGUUGAUGGAGUCAGGUCUUUAUGUUGUAAUCAAUGCUAUUACAAUGUAUUUAUAUAUUUACAAACCCUUUAAAUGGGAACAUGAAGAAGGUUGGCAAAGGUUUUUAUGGUGAAAAAUAUUUCAUGGGUAGAACUAUCUGCAUCAGUAUUUAUAAUGAAAGAAAUGAUCAAUUUUACAUAACCUUUGACUCACAGUCUGUAAAUAACUGUAAUAAAAAUGUCAGAUAAUUGGACACUAAUAUAUAUUCGCAGAAUUAUAAUUUACUAUUUAAGUAUUUUAUUUCAAAAUGGCUAACAAAUAAUUUUAGACAGAUUGAUUAUUCUCUAUAGUUCGCAGCUUGUAUAUAUAUUGAAGAAUUGUUUUAAAUAUGUAUGGAGGACAACUUGUCCUAUUGUGACAUUUUUUCUUUUUUUUAAUACCAAGUCCAAAUUUUGUGUUAUAGCUACGAUAUGACUGAAAUAUUGUCAAUGUGGCGUUAAGCCAUAAAAGCUAUAAUCAUUCAUUCAUUCAAAAUUUUGUCUCCUACCCCAUAGAAAGCAGUUGAGUGAUUGGUAUUAUCUACUUUAAAAAUCCACUCCAUUU